AUGGAUGCAUCUAAAACGAAAGAUGAGAACUAUACACCUAUUUGGAAUCAUUCGUUAAUCAAUCGUAAUUUACCUGCCAAAGUAAAUGAAGAAACUAUAUCAAUUUCACCAUCUCAGAAUGAAACAUUUAAUCAACAUUACCGACAUUCUAUUAGCUGGGACUUUAAUCGAUGGGGAACAGUGAAACGACUGACUCUUGCACCAGACUCUCCGCCAUGCGAAGCAAUUCCAGUCUUUUCUAUACAACCCGUACCGCUUCCAACAAAAAAAAAUAGAUUUUUAUCCUUUCUUUUUUGUCGAAAUGCUAAGCAAAGUAAUGAACAUAAACUUUUGGGAGAGUGGCAAAGUACAUCAAUAGCAGGUAAUGAUAUUACAUCAUCAUGUUUAUAUACAGCGGGAAUAUGUGCACAAAAAGCUGGCAAAUACUCACCAAUUUCACUUGCAAUCGUUGCUUUCGUUCUUUAUCUUUUUCGAAAUAUUUAUGCUGAAGUCGGCACGGCAUUACCACUAAAUGGUGGUGCCUAUAAUGUUUUAUUAAAUUGCACAACAAAAUUAAUUGCGUCGGUUGCCGCCUGUCUCACUUUAGUGUCAUAUAUCGCCACUGCAGUUGUAUCGGGUAGUAGUGCCAUUGCCUACGGGCAGCAUUUAUGGGCAGGAAUGAAUCCGGAUUGGGCUGUUAUUGUGCUACUUGGCUUUUUUGCAUUUUUAACGUUGAUGGGAUUAAAGGAAUCAGCAAAUGUUGCUCUCUUCAUUUUCAUUGUUCAUAUCGGAACGAUGAUAUUAUUAGUUAUUAUGUGUAUCAUUAAAAUUAUUGAAACUGGCAAUGUUGAUCGAUUAAAAGAAAACUGGAAGCAACAUCAGAGUGGAAAUGUGGCAUCCAAUAUCUAUUUUGGCUUCUCUUUAGCACUCCUGGGUGUUUCUGGAUUUGAAACAUCUGCCAAUUACAUUGAAGAACAGCAAGCUGGUGUUUUUCCAAAAACUCUAAGAAAUAUGUGGUUAUUUGUAUCAUUUUUUAAUCCUGUUAUUUCAUUGUUAUCGUUAUUUAUCAUGAAACUUGUGGAAAUUGAAGCACAUAGAGAUGAUUUAUUAGCAGCUUUGGCAACAGCGAGUUCUGGAGAUUGGUUAAAUAAAUUUGUCGCAGCUGAUGCAUUACUUGUGCUCUCGGGAGCGGUGCUAACAUCGUAUGUAGGAAUCGUUGGUCUUAUAAGACGUAUGAGUUUAGAUCGGUGUUUGCCAAUGUUUCUCACACAAGAAAAUCGAUGGCGAAAAACAAAUCAUUAUAUUAUACUAGGAUUUUUUGGUGUCACAUCGUUAUUACAUUUUAUCGUUAAAGGAAACAUUGAUUCAUUAGCAGGUGUCUAUACAAUCGCUUUUCUUAGCGUUAUGUGUUUAUUUGCAAUCGGCAAUAUGAUAAUGAAAUAUAAACGAGGAGCACUUCGUCGAUCGGUGGUGGCGAGUUGGCCUCGUGUUGUUUUUGGACUUUGCGCUGUUUUCGCUGGUCUAGUUGGAGAAAUUUUACUUCAUCUUGAACAUGUAAAAUAUUUUUUACUUUAUUUCGUUGCUACUUUCCUAAUCGUAAUGAUUAUGUUUGCACGUAAUCGUGUAUUAAAAUUAAUUAUUUAUUUCACAUCGCGAAUAGGUUUAUUAACUCGUUUCAACGCAAUAUUAUAUCGACAAUAUAAAAAUAUAGAAAAUCAACCUAUGAUAUUUUUUACUAAAGUGGAUGAUCCAUCUAUUUUGAACAAAGGAAUUUUGUAUGUUCGAUCAAAUGAACUUACGCAUUGUUUACAAAUUAUUCACCUUUACAAAAAUGAAGAAGAAAUACCAACAAAUUUAAUCGAUAACGUCAAGUUUCUUGAUAAACAAUAUCCGAAACUAUGCGUCGAUUUAGUAAGUAGUAAAGAAGGACGGUCGAUAAGCCGUAAAAUCGGCUCCUACUCAGAUAAUUAUUUUAUACUGGGAUUUGAUGUUCUUUCUCUCCGGCUUUAA